AUGGCUUGGAGAGCAUCGAUGGUCAUGAAGAUCAUCGGAGAAUUAGCCCUGCUGGGCGCGAUAGCGUCCGUGUUCAUUGUAGCAGCACAAGGUCGCGCGCAGGAGAGAGCUGCGGAAGAAGCAUCAGGGCGGGAAUAUAUGAGAACUCUUGAUGAUGUUAUGGGAAAGGCAAAGAACCGAAUGUCUUUAGCGUCAUGGGCGCUGGACUCUAACAUCACCCAAUACAAUGAAGAUAAACUUUUACAAGUAUCAUUAGAAAUUGCCGAUGAAGAAAAGGAGUACUGGAAGGAAACAAUGACAUAUGCAUGGCAUGAGUUCUACGACGAAGAUCUGAAACGUAUGUUCAAAAAAUACUCAGUGUUGGGUACUUCGGCACUACCAGAAGAUUUGAACCAGAGAUUGAUCCAAGCAAUCAACAAUAUGAAGUCAACAUACGCUAAAGCGACUAUCUGUGAUUAUAAUGAACCUACAAAAUGCGAUCUGACUAUUGAACCAGGAGUAACAGAAAUAUUUGCCAAUAGUCAAGAUGCUGAUGAGUUGAAACAUGCGUGGUUGGAAUGGCAUAAGGCUGCCGGUGCUGCAUCCAAAGCUGAUUUUACCGAAUACGUUAAUAUGUAUAAUGAAGCUGCAAAACUGAACGGAUUUGAUAACGUAGCUGAGUGGUGGCUAGGUGAAUAUGAGACUUCAGAUAUUGAAGAACAACUCGCUAAUCUUUGGUCUCAAGUCAAGCCCCUCUAUGAACAAAUCCAUGCCUAUGUCAGGAGACACCUAAGACUAAAAUAUGGAGAUGACGUUGUACCUGCUAAAGGCCCAAUUCCCGCUCAUUUACUUGGAAAUAUUUGGGCACAAACUUGGAGCGGCGUCGAAAAAUUUACGAAACCGUUUCCUGACAAACCAGAUGUGGAUGUAACAGAUGCCUUAGUAAAACAGAAUUAUACACCAUUAAAGUUCUUCGAAAUGUCCGAAGACUUUUUCAAAUCGCUUAAUUUGAGUGGCAUGCCAGAGUUGUUUUGGGAGCGGUCAAUUAUAGAGAAACCUAACGAUGGCCGAGAUAUGGUGUGCCACGCCUCAGCUUGGGAUUUCUUCGAUGGUGAAGAUUUUAGAAUUAAACAGUGCACAACGAUUACAAACGCUUUCUUCAAAACAACGCAUCACGAAAUGGGUCACAUCCAGUACUACUUACAAUAUAAAGACCAGCCAAUCAUAUAUAGAGCUGGAGCUAAUCCAGGUUUUCAUGAAGCAGUGGGCGACGUGAUUUCUCUAUCUGUAGCAACACCUAAACAUUUAAAAUUAGUUGGUCUACUUGAAGAUGGGCCCGAUGACAACGAGUCUAAUAUCAACCAACUUUAUAAAAUGGGUUUGGACAAAAUAGUUUUUCUACCAUUCGCAUAUCUACUGGAUAUCUACCGAUACGGAGUUUUCCGGGGAGCGACAUCUCCUAACGACUACAAUUGUCACUUUUGGCAACUAAGAGAAUCUAUUCAGGGUAUUGAGCCACCAGCGCCAAGAAGUGAAAAUGACUUUGAUCCGGCUGCUAAGUACCAUGUUUCUGCUGACGUUGAAUAUAUGAGAUACUACAUUUCUUACAUAAUCCAGUUCCAGUUCCAACGAUCUCUGUGCCAAUUGGCCGGCCAAUACUCCGCUGGAGACUCAUCACAAUUGCUGUCUAACUGUGACAUCUACAACAGUACUUCAGCCGGUAAUGCUUUGAAAAAUAUGUUGAAGUUGGGCUCAUCAAAGCCCUGGCCAGAUGCUAUGGAAGCCAUAACGGGACAGAGAGACAUGGAUGCUAGUGGCGUUAUGGAAUACUUCCAGCCUUUGUACGACUGGUUAAAGCAAGAGAAUGAACGUACGGGAGAGCAUAUCGGGUGGGAGUCGAGUAAAAUCCAAUAUUGUACUCCAGAGCAAAGGAGCUACAUGGAUCAAUCCAAGUUCAAAACAAUGUUGAUGAAGUAUAUGAAGAAUUAA